AUGGAUUACCUAAGUGGUUGGUGUAAAAGUAAGCAAAGGUUGGACGGCUGCACGGUCAUAGUGACUGGUUGCAACACUGGUAUUGGCAAAGAAGCCGUUUUGGAUUUCUACAAGAGGGGUGGGUGCAUCAUAAUGGCUUGCCGGAAUAUGGAAAAGGCAAAUGCAGCCAAAGAAGAAAUAGAGGAGCAGUGCAAAACACAGGAAGGUACGGGCACGCUGGUCGUGGAGCAGCUGGACCUGUGUCGGCUGGAGAGCGUGCGCGCGUUCGUGCGGCGCGUGGCGGCGCGCGAGCGCAGUCUGCGCGCGCUGCUGUGCAACGCGGGCGUCAUGAUGUGUCCGCUGGCGCGCACGGAGGACGGCUUCGAGACACACAUCGCCUCCAACCACCUCGCGCAUGCGCUGCUCGCGCUGCUGCUGCUGCCGCUUCUCAUUCGAGACUCUCACUCCAGGAUCAUCUUCGUUUCAUCAUACGUACAUGCAAAACAUAAACUAGACCUGGACGAUUUGAAUUUUGAGAAGAAACCUUACAACGCUUUUGAAGCCUACUGCAGAAGCAAAUCUGCUAAUAUUUUAUUUGCCAGAGCUCUUGCUGAUAAGUUGAAGGAACACAACAUAAGAAAUGUGACGACGUAUAGUUUGCACCCCGGCGUUAUUCGCACAGAUAUUAGUCGGCACUUCGACGAGACCGUCUGGUAUGGCGCGUCAUGGCUGUUCAACAACGUGCUCGGUCUCUUCUUGAAGUCACCGCAGUGUGGCGCGCAGACCUCUGUAUACUGUGCUAUUGAUGAAUCCUGCGCUGAUGAAAGUGGGCUUUAUUAUAGCGAUUGUGCGGUGACUCAGCCAUCGAAGCAGUGUCAAGAUGAAUCUCAAGCAGCCAGACUGUGGGACCUUACCAUUCAGGCACUCAAACUGGAUCUAGAUAAAUAUAAUCCUUUUGAUCCAAAUACUCAAAUUAAUUAA